UCUUAUCACCCCCUUCUUCUCACAUCAAACACUUGUUCAAGCACUACUCCAGCAAUAACAUAUUUUCCAAGCAAUUUUAGCUAAGAAAAGGAACAUUACAAAGAUGAAGCAGCAGCAGCAGCAGCAACAAUCUGUCUUCUCAUUUUCACUUCUCCUUCUUUUCCUCUGCUGCACCAAGACAUUAGCACAAUCACCAGCUUCAGCUCCAGUAAAAGCACCACCUGUAGCCCCAGUUCAGGCACCGCCUCCACCAGCCGCAUUAGCACCAUCUGUGGCACAGGUACCUAAAUUACCUGGCACGAUCGAUGUGGCAAAAAUCCUUGAAAGGGCGGGUCAUUUCAAGGUUUUUGUUCGCUUACUGAAAGAAACACAAUCAGAUGCGGAGUUAGUUGUGGAGCUAAAUCAUACACAUAAUGGAAUAACCAUCUUUGCGCCGACUGAUGGUGCAUUUUCAGGGCUCGAAGUAGGGACUCUCAACUCAUUAACUGAUAAUGAUAAGGUAAAGUUGGUGAAGUUUCAUAUAGUACCUAUAUACAUAUCAAAUACCCAGUUCCAGACUGUGAGCAAUCCACUAAAGACACAGGCAGGAAAAGGCGGCAGAAUGUCACUGAAUGUCACCGCUACAGGUGGUACUGUGAAUAUCACUACAGGAGUUACCAACACAACCGUUGCAGGCACUGUAUACAAUGAUAAUCAGCUUGCUAUUUAUCAGGUCGAUCAAGUUUUACGUCCUAUGGAGAUUUUCGCUCCUAAUAAGCUCCCUCCUGCUCCUGCUCCAGCUCCUUCAGUUUUGUUGGCGCCGCCACCAGAGAAGCCUAAGAAGGCUCCCAUUGUACAGAGUCCUGCUGUUCCUAUUAAUGAUAUUUCUUUGGCAAUGAGUUUAGGUGGUCUUGAUAAUGCGGUGAUCUUUGCAGUGGGUAUACUUGCUGCUGCAAUGCUUUCUUUGUAAAUGAAUUUCUAUUAGGUAUUUAUGGGGUUGGGGUCCCUUUUAGCAGGGUGUUAUGAUUUUGCUGGAGUUUGAUAUUGUACUGAGUUUCGAUGUCAGUCAUCCUGGAGACUACGGCUCCAGUAUAACUGAGUUAGUACUUGUUGAUUGAUGUCUAAUUUGAGUACUUUCAUGAAUAAUAAUUUUCAUUUUCUUA